GAAGAAAACCUGUACACGGAAGUUAUUCGGGACCCUACAUGCAUGAGAGUUACCUCUCCCAGUGUACAAUUUUACUUUUUCCUCUGGCGGUCAGUUGGACCGUAAUGGCGGUGGACGCGCUGACCCUGAACGGAUAAUGAGCGGGCGUCAGCGCGCGGUAGAUCAGCCGAAGGGUCGAUGGGCGCCAGGAGCUGAAGUGCAGCUGUUUUGACAGCUGGGUUGAGCCUCCAGUACCUGGUCUUUGAGUCUGACAGAGAGAGCCGCCGAGAACAGACGAGACCCGAGGGUUUAAACCCGGGAGAGGGGGUUUUAUUUCGUGCAGAGACAUUUACCGACGUCUGUCAAGUUGCUUUUGAGGCGCCAUCGAAGGAAAGGAAGAAAGCUGCCCACCGACCCGUGGCCAUGACUUCAUCCCGGCUGAAGUACCUCUCUCUGGGCGUGCUGGUGUUCCAGACCACCUCCCUGGUGCUCACCAUGCGGUACUCCCGCACUCUGCAGGCCGAGGGCCCGCGGUAUCUGGCCUCCUCAGCUGUGGUGGUGGCCGAGGUCAUGAAGAUCCUCACCUGUGUGCUGCUCGUCUUCAAAGAGCACAGCUAUAGCAUGCGAGCUCUGAACAGCGUCCUGCGACAGGAAAUCGCCCACAAACCCAUAGAAACACUGAAGCUUGCGAUCCCCUCGGGGAUCUACACCCUGCAGAACAACCUGCUGUACGUCGCCCUGUCCAACCUGGACGCAGCCACCUACCAGGUGACGUACCAGCUGAAGAUCCUGACCACGGCUCUCUUCUCAGUUUCCAUGCUGGGCCGCAAGCUGGGCGUCUACCAGUGGCUCUCUUUGCUGAUUCUUAUGGCUGGAGUGGCUCUUGUGCAGUGGCCCUCUGAGUCGGCUGCCGCUCCGGAGAAGGAGGCCCUGUCUGCAGGCUCCCAGUUCGUCGGUGUGACGGCAGUUCUGGUGGCAUGCUGCUCCAGCGGGUUCGCCGGUGUCUACUUCGAGAAGAUCCUGAAGGAGAGCAAACAGAGCGUCUGGGUCCGCAACAUCCAGCUAGGGAUGUUUGGCCUGGUAUUCGGCCUCUUUGGUAUGCUGGCCUACGACGGGGAGAGGGUGAAGGAGUCGGGAAUGUUCCAGGGUUACAACACUGUCACCUGGACAGUUGUAGCGCUGCAGGCGCUGGGUGGUCUGGUCAUAGCAGCGGUCAUCAAGUAUGCAGACAACAUACUCAAGGGCUUUGCUACAUCGCUCUCCAUCAUCCUGUCAACUCUUAUAUCAUACUUCUGGCUGCAGGACUUCGACCCCACUGGUGUGUUCUUCCUGGGGGCCAUUUUGGUCAUUGUGGCCACUUUCCUGUACAGCUAUGAAGGCAAGUCAUCCCCCAACCCCAGCAAGGCGUAGGACACUCAAGGCUGACACUACAGCAGCAGUAGGAGGUCCUGUUGAAGCGUCAAGACCAGGAGGGGAAAGGAGGACAGGGAUAAAAAGAGGGGAAAGGUCUUUAUCGUAUAUCGUGGUCACAAAAAAGGAGGAGCAGAGGAGUAGGAAGCGAGGAGGUAAGCAGGUUGGGAACAGAGGACAGGAAAAGUGAAAAGGGAGAUUAAAAAAAAAAAAAAAGCAAGCACAACGC